AUGUCUGCUGCAUUUGCCGCCAUGAAGUCUUACGGAAAGCGAAGCGGCCGCGUCGCCUGGGCCCGCAAGCGCUCGCUGUGCUUGCUGUGGCUUGGAUUCCUGUACGUCAGCUGGUUUUACUUCCGCGAACUGCAAAGUACGUACAGGGAUGCCUUGUCGGAUAUUCACACGACGGUCGACAAGGGCGUCAUCGGCUGUCAUUCCGCCAACGUCUCUGUGGCGGUGACGUCGACCUUCAUGAACACCUUUAUUAAAGCGGCUGUCAUUCCCAUGAUUCAAAAUGAGAGCAACACCGUUAUUGUCCCCACGCAAGAGGUGAACCACGUCUGGGUGGACGAUAUGGUGUUGCAGCAUUUCAAGCUGCGUUCUCUCACCGUCAGCACCGGCGUGCCAGACGCGCAGAGCAUGAUGAUACGCGCCACGGGACUCGGUCUCCAGGUGAACAAGUCGCGCUUUAUCUUCCAGUACAUGGGCGUGAGGUGCAGUGGCACCUUCUGGGCGUCACUGAAGGAAAUCACUGUCGAUGCGGUGAUGCGUCUCACGCUUCUACCAGAGGAACGGUGGAACGUGACCUUUCCGCAUCUGGCGCUUGACUGGGGUCAGGUGGACGUCCACCACAACUUGGACAGCGAAGCAUGCCGUUUAGCGCAAAGGGUGGUGGAGCUGUUCAUUGGUGAGCUCGACAUCUUCGUGGUCUCAAAAGUAAAGCGAAUGUUGGAUGAAAAGAUGCCGCUGAAGGCAGCUGAUGGACUCAACGAUGCCUUUGCGAGGUUUGGCAUCCGCGCCAUCACGCCGCCCGUGAUGACAGCCAACGCGAUGGCCGUAACACUGGACUUGAACCCGCUCGAUUGGGGCUGCGCUUCGACGCCUACCGCGUCAAGCGUGCCUGAACUUGUGUCUCGCGACUUUGCCGUACGCACCACCGCGACGAGCGUGAACAACGUUCUCUACAAUGCGGUACAGGCGCAGCGUCUGCAGGUGGAGAAGCACCUAUCAGCAAUGUGGAACACCUCGCUGUUAGCGGAUCUUUUCCCUGAGCUUUACCGGGCGUGCCCGGGAUGCAGAUUGUACACGCUCGCGCAGGCAACAAGGGAACCUGUAAUCAAUGUGCUGCACGACGGGGAAGUGUCAGUGGAUGUCCAGGACCUUCUUGUCGGGGUGUAUGUGCAGCCAAACUCCACCGAGCAUUCCUCGGCCUUAUCUUCUCUCAUUACAGAAAAGCAGCUCAGGCCGAGGGCAGGCUUCUCCGCCGGCUACCGAUUCCUUCGAAGGAGAAAGAGGAUCUCUUCCCAGUACCACCGUAAAGCAUUUCCAGUGUUGGCGAUCGGGUGCUCCGCCGCGUCCGGUGUCCGCAACAUCAGCGCCAGCACAGGUCACUCGAUCAGCUACGAGCUACUUCCGGUGCGCGACGUUGCUGUGAAGGUGAUGGCGUCUAACAUCGGUGACGUCAGCACGAAAGACCUGGAGAAACUCAUCACCAAAGUGUGGAACGACUUCGCCGCACCGCUGGUUAACAGUGCGUCCCCGCUGAAGCUGCCGUUCUUUGUCCAGGAGGCACUGUUGAAGGUCGGAUCCGACGUCAUCGAGGGCGGCGUGAAUUUUAGCCUCCAUGAAGAGUUUCUGCGGGCCGUCUUCUCGACCCUGUAG